AUGGAUGGAAUUAAACCGAAAACUGUAACCACUGAUGGUGAUGAAGCAAUCAAAAUAGCACUAAUGGAAAUGAUGCUAGAAGCGGUGCACAAACUUUGUUAUUGGCAUUUGCACAACAAAACAAUUGUCAAGGUGAAGGAUCCCGCUUUUGCUAGCAAGAUGACAGAUCUAGUUUUCAAGUAUUACUCGGUGGAUGAAUUUGAGCAAAAGUGGGCUGAUUUGAAAUAUGAAUUCGACAUUGAAGGAACAAAUUAUGCAAAAAUACUUCAUGAAAGACGAAAGUCGUGGGCAGAAAGUUACUUGGGGGCAAAAUUUUUUUGCGGGAUGACUACAACACAGCGCAAUGAGGGUGUCAAUGCUGUCUUGAAAAAAAAAUUAAACCGUUCACUCAAGUUGUAUGAAGUGGUCAGAGCAAUCGACAUGUCCCUUUCAUGGAUCCGGCAAAGACAGGCGUUUGAUGACUACGAGACACUCCAUAGUAGUGUCGAGUUAGAGAAGACUAACAUGCCUCAAAUUGAGGAGCAGUUAUCCAACCUAUACACCAGGAACAUGUUUUACAAAGUUAGGCAUCAAAUGCAAAAGCAAGGGAGAUAUACAGUUGAAAGUACUUCAGAUGAUGAUAAAGGCAUAAUACUCCACCUAUUGAAAUACCCACAAUCUAUAGUGAAGAGAUCUGUGAUGGUUACUACUGACCGUGAAUAUUUUGUUUGUGAGUGCCAAUAUAUUCUAUCAUUUGGUACUCCUUGUAGGCAUAUAUUUGAGGCAAUGAAACAUGUGAAAGUGAUUGAGAUGCCAGAAUCACUAAUACUUAAGCAGUGGACACUUAAUGCAAGAGAACCAAACCAUAUCGGGCCAAAUGAGACUUAUCGACAUUGUGAGAACAAGAACACGAAAGACCAAGCAAGGUUUGGUAGUAUCACAAGCAAGAUGGCUGAAAUUCCAUACAUUGGCUCUAGGAGCCAUGAAGCUUACGAAGAGACUAUGAGACAACUUGGUAAAAUGCAUAUAACCUUGCAAAUGUAUGUCAAUCAUGAAGUAGAUGAAGGCGACUACGACGAUAACGUGAAAUGGCAACACCAUGACCAGGUUGUUUUAGAGCCGAUUGUUACUAGAUCAAAAGGAACUGCAAAGAUGAAGGGCUCCAAGAAUGCAAUGAAAAGAAAAUGUAGCAUUUGCAAGAAAACUGGACACAACAAGGCAACUUGUAUUAGAAAGGGUCAUCAAAAAAUUAAUUAUGACUCUGAUGAUGAAGACGAUGAACAUUUUGAAGAUGCCAUGCCUCAAUGUGGUGGAACUACUCACACGGAUGAAGAAAUGACGCCCCAAUGA